UCUGAACAUUAAUAACAGCAUCAACCACACAUCUACCACUGUCUUGAGUGGUACUGGGAUCUCCUACAGGUCAGACCAGCAGGAGAAUAACAAGUAGGAACCAUUCCUUGAGUGGUACCUCGCCUUCAGUAAGCACAUCUAAUAAUACUUAAAUAAAGCUGACAUUGAUUACAUACCAUUUUGAGUAAGUUAAGUAUUACGGAAUAUCCCUAUUUGGAGCAAUUGGUAGUUUGCCCAGAUGUGGAGCUGAAGGUUGUGGGUUUGAGUCUCUGCCCUGCCAAAUGCCAAGUUGGUGUCAGGAGUGGGAUAUGCCCAGAAGCCAUCAGAGGCUUCUCUGUCUCUGUGAGGGACCAGUUGUAUUUUAAUGGCUCUACUUGCAGUGGGUAGAGACCAGAGCCAAAGUUUGCGGGUUUGAGACCCUGCCCUUCUCAACAGUAAUGCAAAUGCAAAUUACAUGUAUAUUCAGGAUACCAUUAUUCACAAAAAGUGCUGUGGAGUAUUCAGUUUUAUUUUUAUUACAACUAUCCUGUUAUGACAUACUUUCUUUUCGUACAACAUUCAUUUUUCAUUAUUAUAUUUCAUAAGAAUGUUAACUCAUGACUACAGUGAGUUUAUGUCUCCAAGCCUGCAGAGAGGAAGAUGCAUCAAUGGCCUUGACAACAGCAGUACAUGUGUUGGUGUUUACACUCCUGUAUGUGGCAGUGGUACCGGGUCAGUGUGGAUGGAGUGCUACCUAUGCCACUGAGAAUAUCUGUGUCUUAAAAGGGUCAACAGUGGAGAUGUCCUGCUCUUACACGUUUCCCAUGCAUCGUACAGUGACAUCGACUUUCUGGUUCACUAGAAAUGGUGCUGAUGGGAGUCGUUUGGACCUGACUGUUGACCCAGACUACACAGGUCGUGUGACGUACCGUAACAAAACGAAUAAUAACCACACCCUGAUAAUCACAGACCUGAGAGAGAGUGACUCAAAAGUCUACAGGUUCCGAAUUACAACAGAUCAGUCUGGACAGAGAUGGAUUGGCCAACCUGGAGUCAAACUGAAUGUCACAGGUCUACAGGUGGAUGUGACUCCUGCUACAGUGACUGAGGGACAGAAUGUAACCCUGACCUGUAUCACAUCCUGUCCUCUGACUGACAACCCCACCUACAUCUGGUACAAGAAGAAUGUAACCUCACCAAAAGCAUCAGGACAGAGUUACAGCAUCACUAACAUCACAUCUGAGGACAGUGGAGAAUAUUACUGUGAGGCUCAGAAUAUAUAUGGACGUCUCAACUCUUCUUCUGUCUCUGUGGAUGUUCAAUAUGCUCCAAAGAACCCCUCAGUGUCAAGAAACAAUCCUUAG